CAGCAGCAGCAGGGAGGAGAUGGAGGAGGACCCGACCGCCUCCGAGCUCCCAUAAACCAGACAGAGGAGACCCAGAUGAGCCCGGGAGGGGAGGCGGAACCAGGACCGGCUCUGGAGACUGAGCAUCCUCACUGAAGGAGCGAAGUGGGGUGAGAGAGAACCGGGAUCGGCUCAAUGAAACCAACCCUGUUCCGUUGAGCCUCUCCUAGGUGGGUUGGCAUGGCCCAGUGAUGAACGGAGCGGUGGUGCCCGGUAGUCCGGAGCUUUCCUCCUCAUGCCCUCUGCCUGACUGGAGAGAGUUCUGCGAGCUCCACGCCCGAGCCUCCGCCGCCGAUUUCGCUGACAAGUUCCAGCGCUUUCUGUCCGAGAACCCGUGCUACGACUCGCCCGGCGCCGAUGCCAGCUUCUCGCAGCACUUCGCCAACCACUUCCUGGAGUGCUUCACUGYGACGGUGACCCAGGCGAAGGAGAAGCAAGCGUCCUCGCCGGGAGAGGACGGCUGCAACGCGGCGCCCAAGUACAGCAUCGUCCCUUUCCUGGGAAUCCAGGGGUGCCCUCUGAACUACGGCCACGAUCUCUACCAGAGGCGUAAGGACACCGGGGCUUCAAGUGAGUCCCUGGACAGCAUGGACAGUGGAGGGGGAGGGAUGGACGGGGGAAGCAGUGGCAGCGCCGCCUCCCGAGGCCCACAGACGACCCACAAGAUGUCUGUUCUAGGACAGUCCCGCAGCUCGGAGGACGUUUCUGUCAGCCACCCCAAGGCUCGCUUCAAGAAGGGCUUCUCCCUGAGGAACAUGAGCCUGUGCGUCGUUGACGGGGUGAAGGAGAUGUGGCACAGGCGGGCCUCACCCGAACCCGACGCCCCCUCGGGAAACAGGAAGGCAAACGGAGGAGGGGGUGGUGAGGCAGGAGGGGGAGAGAAGUGGUCCCAAAAGCUGCGACUGCCCAGGGGUUCUCAGGGCCACAAGGCAGAGCUGCUGGAGAUCCAGAGGGAGGGGGCGCUGAGGUUCAUGGUGGCCGACGACACAAACUGUGUGGGUGCUGCUCAGUGGCAGAAGUGCCGCCUGCUGCUGAGGAAGACAAAGAGGGAGGAUGGAGGGGAGAAGUUCCUGUUGGAGUUCUACGUCCCACCCAAGUCCUCGAAGUCCAAAGUGAGCAUCCCUCUUUCAGCCAUCGUGGAGGUGAGGACCACCAUGCCGCUGGAGAUGCCCGACAAGGACAACACUUUUGUUCUUAAGGUGGAAAACGGGGGCGAGUACAUCCUGGAAACCAUCGACUCUCUGCAGAAAAACUCUUGGGUUGCUGAUAUCCAGGACUGCAUAGACCCCGGAGACAGCGGCGAUGACAUCGAGCUGGCGUCGUGUCCUCACGGCCAGGCCUCUAAGGACUGCUCUAUGGUGGCGUCCUGCAGCUGCGAGCUGCUCUCUGAAGGUGUGUAUCGGGUUCCGGAGAGGUCAUGUCCUACAGGGGCAGAUCAUUACAGCGCCCCCUCAGUUCGCUGCAGGGAACUUCCUUUCACCCAGCACCCGUCACACGUGCCUUUAGAGCGCUUCCUUCAGUCCCCCGAGGCCCAGAGCUCCAACCUCUCUGCAGGUGGAGAGGGAGCCAAAGAGUCAGACGGUGAUGCCAGCUUGACAGGUUACCCGUGGUUCCACGGUACGCUGUCCCGUGUGCGAGCGGCUCAGCUGGUGCUGGCGGGCGGAGCCAGGAGUCACGGGCUCUUUGUGAUUCGUCAGAGUGAGACGAGACCCGGAGAGUAUGUUCUCACCUUCAACUUCCAGGGCAAAGCCAAGCAUCUGCGUUUGUCUGUGAAUGAGAACGGGCAGUGCCACGUCCAUCACUUGUGGUUCCACACUGUCACAGACAUGCUGCGGCACUUCCACGCCCACCCGAUCCCCCUGGAGUCUGGAGGCUCAGCUGACAUCACGUUACGCUCCUAUGUGCAGGUGCAGCGCAGCUCCAUGACAGCCGCCACAGACGUGACCGUGCCCCCGGUUCUCACUCCUCCCGGCGCAGCCUGCAGGACCGAUUCGGCCCCACCAGCGCUUCACCCUCCUGGGAUCGCAGCUCCUGCAGGGCCCUCCUCGGACRCCCCCCUCUCCUCGAGCACCUCCUCCUCGCCCACCGCCCUUCCUUCGCUCUCCAGAAGCGACCCGGGUACCGGAGGAGGCCUGCAGAGCCGAAGCAACAGCUCCGAGCGCCUGCUGGAGGCCUCUAGUGGCGCUUCUGAGGAUUACCACGACGCCGACGGGACUCGCAGGGCCCGGGCCGUGGAGAACCAGUACUCCUUCUACUAAACAACCUGGAUCAGGGGCUCAGAGGUUUAUUUUCUGUCUGAAGAAGGGACACRGAGCACUCUGCGCCUGGGAGAACGGCCCAAAUCACUUCAUUACACACUCUUUUAUCUGUCUUUGUUUUAAGAACGUUUCCUGUGUCUUGGAUUUGUUAAGCAAAGGAUGCCAAGCACUAACAAGUUCCUUUUAUUUCUGUUGCUUUGUUUCAAAUUCAGACACAAAAGCUAAUAAUUACACGGGCUGAGGGUUAUAGUCAGAGGGAAAAAAGGGUUAAGAUGCACAAAAUGGAGACCACGAUCGAAGGCAGGGAAAGUUCAGUGGAAGUCAUCCACGGGAGUCAUAUGGCUUUGAUUCACCUCUUUUCACCUCCACUUCCUGUGCAGCUUUACCCACAGUUCCCCAGGAGCAGCGCCUGUGUCACCACCCUGCUGGAGGACUGAAAGUUUGAAGUGACCCUGAAGGAAACCGUCCCUCCCCUCUGAGCUUCUGAGAGCAUCCUGUUAAUGUUUAUAAAGCUGCUUUGAGUCUGUACCGGAUAUCCCUCACUGUCCCUUUGGGUUUAUUUUCCACAUAGUCCUCCUCUGGGUCUUUACACUAACACCAGUACAGCAACCAAAUGUGUUGGAGGUAUUUUCUUAACCGUGUACAGACAUAAAGACUCUUAGUGCCUGACAUUUGCCCCGGACUCAAAUGGACCUCUGUCACCUCAAGGACGGUGACGCUAACACCACAAAAGUCCUGAAAAUCAGAUGCAGGUGAAUAUUUCAGUUUCUGCUUCAGACAUAAACAAGCAUAUACACAUACUGAAAAAAGGUUUUAAUUAAUACACACAAGCAAGUUCAAAUUUGAACACUUUGUUCUGUAAUCUGGACCGGUUGCCUCCGAUGUUGAUCUCCUACUGGGAUACUUUGAAUGUGUAGUGAUGUGUUAGAGUCCAGGUAUUUUUAAAUGGUCUGUGUGCCACAGUGGGGUUUUUAAAACAUGUUCUCUAGGUCCCUCCGUCUGAUGAUGGCUACUGUAUGUACACACACACACACACACACACACACACACACCUUAUUGAAAACCUCUAGAUUAGAUAAACUGUUAAUAUAGAUUACUUUAAGGUAAUGCCUUGAAGAUAUUAUUGUACCAAAUCCAGCAUUUCUGGAGGGACUUGGAACAGUUUUUCUUGUUUUUUUUUUUAAAUUUAUUUAUUUUGUGGUAACUUCUUGUACUGUUUUAUGUAGCCUUCAAGUGAACUUGUGGGUAUGAACUGGAACAGUACAUGUAGAAACACAAAGUAUAUUAGGUGGCCAUGCUUGAAUAGAAAGAUGCAAGAUUUCUUUGUUUUAUGCUAACUUGGGGCAAAGGUUUGAUGCAGACACAUUUUAAGAAACCUUAUUUUUACUGUUUAUGUAAAAACAAACUGAACUAUCAACAAAAAAGCAUCUACAAGACUGAAAAAAAUCAUUAAUUUAAAAAUAUUUGUAGCAAAAAGGKCUACACUGUUAGCAGGUUGUUAGCUUAGCUUAGCACAAUUCUGAAAACAGUAAAGAAAAACUAACUCAAAUCUGUCUAAAUUUAAUAAAAGUACUUACACUAAUACACAUUUGCUUUAAUUCUUCUUCUUUUUUUGCAGUGUUAAGAUUCCCUGACACAAUACUUGAGGGGGGAAAGUCCUUUCUACUCCAAUGUAUUCUUUUUUUUACUUCUAAGUAAUGCGAACAUUAGGCUUCAGUUAUGUGUUUUACAAUCACUUCAAAUACAGUUAAUGGUAAAAAGUUUGAACUUGUGGCUUUUAACAUUUAACAAAGCAGUUUUCUUAAAAAAAUAUUUUAAAAAGUACAUUGUACUUAUUGUGUACCUGACCAUUUAGCAAGGUUGAACAGAUUCUUUUGGAGAGUUCAAAACUGGAUUUUUCAUUUAAAAACCACUCUGGUCCUUGUASUCUGCUAUCGCUUUACAGUGUAGUUCUCAAUUCACAAAUAAAACAAUCCCUCUGGACCGGCCUCCUAAUUACUUUCAGGUCACCAUAGUUUUUUUCAAAAUACUUGGGAGAGGAGCCAUUACUGUGUUAAUAAUAUCACUACAUUUUACAUUCAGGACCUUUUAAAAUAAAAAAAGGGAAUUAUUUUAUCGUUUCAUUUUGCGUGACCUUGGCAGUGGAGAUUGAUCAGUAUUUAUAACACUAUUACAAGUUAAAAUAUCURUUACCUUGUUCUGUAUUUUUAAAAAUAACAAACAGUUUCAGGUCAUUAUUAAUGUCGUAAAGUUGUGAUAUCCCACAUUUUGGAUUUUUACUUUAAAUCUAACCUGCUGUUAGAAUUAGCUGACGGUGUUAUAACAAUUUUUUUAAACCAUUGCUGUGUUUAAGCACCUGAAACUUAUGCAACCGUUUUCUCAGUUUGACUAUUAAAGCUGAUGAUUACAUAUCAAAAAUCAAAACCUCUUGUCUUUUCAAGCAUGGCCACGCUGCCUCCAAGGUGAUUUCAGUGGAAUGAAGCAGUUCAUGUGCCAAUUUGAAUCCUUUUUUUUUUUAAACACGUUCUUCUUUGGCUGCUGUAAAACGAUGUUUCCUAUUGAGUCUUAUUUCUGUACAAACGAUUCUUUAUGGAGCAGCAGAAGUAAAGCUGUCUCUCCCCACAUAUCAAAGAUCGCUCACGCCUCCACUUUUUAGUUCCCCAAACUUCUCUCAGCUGAACUUUCUGUUGUCUGACUGAGUUUUCAAGAGUCUGUGCAAUUUUGUACAAAGUGAUGUAAUUGAUAACUACUUUAUAUUUCUGUGAAUAAAAUGUGAACAAAUU